CGGCAGUGGCGUCGCAGCGGUUGUCUGUCACGUGACACGCAAUUCCUGUGUCACGUGCGAGUCAACAUGGCUGCCACAGUUUCCAGCGAACACUUCACAAACUUACAGCUUCUGUUGAAGGCUCCGUCCAAAGACGCAGUGAGAGACGUUUGUGUCCAGAGUCACAGAGCAGCGAGUCACAGCCUCGCUGAGGCCGCGGCGGCGACGUUAAACAUCUCUACAGCUCAGGCUGCUCAGCUCGUCCACUCGCUCCACGUCCUCUCCCGCCACGUCGUCUUCCACAGCCUCAGCUCUCCCGAGCAGAUCCUCGCUCUCUUCCCUGCGUCGUUCCACUCCAGCCUGAAGAACCUGAUCACCAAGAUCCUGCUGGAGAACAGUCCAACAUGGAGGACAGAGGCUGCUGGUGAUCACAUCUCCGUCCCUCAGCUGAAGCACGUGGACUGGAGAGUGGACAUGGUGACGGGCUCAGACUCACUCAGUCGUAUGUCAGUUCCCACCUGCCUGGUUCAGCUUCAGGUGGACGAUCCGUGUCCGUCGGCAGGCGGUGAGUCGGUUUCCACGGUGAUGGUGGAGCUGAGCAGGGAGUCUCUGGACACCAUACUGGACGGACUGGGACGCAUCAGAGACCAGCUGUCUGUUGUCGCCGGGAAAUAAAGCCUUUGUUUUUUUAAUUGA